UCCGUCUACAGUCGGCUACUUUCGGUUUACCUAAAACGCGCCCAGUGCAAGUGUGAUGUAUUGGAGAAGCAGUUUCUGUAUCGUCCACGCUUUUCGGAAUCCUUGGGACGUCCAAACUCUGACGUUACACCAUUAAAGUUGACAUUUUCAAUGGUUAUGAAACUUCUUAUUAUAGAUCAAUGUUAAGGUAAGGGUUAGGUAAGGAUAAUGGUUAAGGUCAGGGUAGGGGGUAGGGUUUAGGGUUUAGGAUUUCCCAAGGAUUCCGAACAGCACUGUCUUUGGCUUCACUUUCACUUUACCAGAAAUCAUGUGAGUACGUCACGGAUAAUUCAAUAUUGAAAGUAUAAGUCAAAGGACACCGACAAUUUGCAGUUUUUGACGUCCAACUCAUCAAACCCACAGUCAUUGCAUCCAACUCUCAUCUAAACCCAGUGACUGUUUCUCAUGGCUAGUCUGAUCUUGGCAGCGUGAUAAAGUUAUUCAACAGCAGCAGGUGAGUUGAUACUCAUAAUUUUCAUGCCUCCACUCGUGGCCUAUGACUUGGCACUAGGACAAACGUAUUUUCAUGAUUUCACUUGUAUCAUCAAAAUCAAUACAUUGUAGCACGUUUUUUGGGCUCAUUCAGUAGUUAUUACCCAUAUAAGUAGAUUCAUGUUGAAAAAUAAUGUUAAAAUAACAUUUUAUAUUCCUAAAACAUACGUUGAAAAUGAUACUGUUUCUGCUUCCUGAUGUUAUGGAUUUUUGAUUUAUAGCCCAGUGUCAAAACACCGGUUUUAGAUGUCCAAAUUCAUAAUCAAUAUGCUGAAAUAAGUCGUGAUAUGUUGAAGAAAAUACAUACAAAUUACUCCCUACACACACUAGUCACACUUGUGUUCAGAUAACUUGUAUUUUGCUAAAUUAGUAGGCCUACCUUUUGCUAAAUUAGUAGGCCUACCUUUUGCUAAAUUAGUAGGCCUACCUUUUGCUAAAUUAGUAGGCCUACCUUUUGCUAAAUUAGUAGGCCUACCUUUUGCUAAAUUAGUAGGCCUACCUUUUGCUAAAUUAGUAGGCCUACCUUUUGCUAAAUUAGUAGGCCUACCUUUUGCUAAAUUAGUAGGUCUACCUUUUGCUAAAUUAGUAGGCCUACCUUAUACAGUAAACUGCUCACCCACCAAUAUUUACCAAGUGGUCACUCUAGACUGACAUUUUGCUUGUUCUACUGAAAUCAAUAGAUUGGGCAAAUUAAUCACUGACUUUGUUAUUAUUCUUUAGCCCGCUAUAGACCUUAAACAAUUUAAGCUAUUAACACAGACCAACUUCUAAAUGUCCAGACUACCCCAAAUUGGAUUGCUUGAGAAAAUAUUUUUGAUAGCAUUUAAGCUUUUUGAACUAUACCCAUAUUUAAAUGAGCUCUCAAUGCAUUUCAAUGUCAAAAAAAGGCCCAUAGACUUGAAUGGUAAAAAAAGAAGCAAUUCUAGACCUAUCUCCUCCUACAUCGUUUAAGCUAUCAACACCAGACCAACGUUGAGAUGUUCAGACUGGCCCAACUUAGAUUGCUUGUCAAAGUAGAUUUGAUACUAUGUAUACUUUUGGAACUAUAUCCAUCUACAUUUGCAUAAACUAACAUGGGUUUGAAUGAGAUCCAUACGAAUACAGUGGUAGCUAUUCAAAAUGGUCCUGCUCAAAUCAAAUCAAAUGUUAUUUGCCACAUGCGCCGAAUACAACAGGUGUAGACCUUACAGUGAAAUGUUUACUUACAAGCCCUUAACCAACAAUGCAGUUUUAAGAAAAAAAGUGUUAAGUAAAAAAUUGAUAAGUUAAAAAUAACAAAUAAUUAAAGAGCACCAGUAAAAUAAAAUAACAGUAGGGAGGCUAUAUACAGGGGAUACCGGUACAGAGUCAAUGUGCGGGGGCACCGGUUAGCCGAGGUAAUUUAGGUAAUAUGUACAUGUGGGUAGAGUUAAAGUAACUAUGCAUAGAUAAUAAACAGAGUAGCAGCAACGUAAAAAGAGGGGGUGAGGUGGGGGGGGGGGGGGGGGGGGGGACAUUGCAAAUAGUCUGGGUAGCCAUUUGAUUAGCUGUUCAGGAGUCUUAUGGCUUGGGGGUAGAAGCUGUUAAGAAGCCUUUUGGACCUAGAAUUUGCACUCCGGUACCGCUUGCCGUGCAGUAGCAAAGAGAACAGUCUAUGACUAGGGUGGCUGGAGUCUUUGACAAUUUUUAGGGCCUUCCUCUGACACCGCCUGAUGUAGAGGUCCUGGAUGGCAGGAAGCUUGGCCCCAGUGAUGUACUGGGCUGUAUGCACUACCCUCUGUAGUGUCUUGCGGUCGGAGGCCGAACAGUUGCCAUACCAGGCGGUGAUGCAACCAGUCAGGAUGCUCUCGAUGGUGCAGCUGUAUAACUUUCUGAGGAUCUGAGGACACAUGCCAAAUCUUUUCUGUCUCCUUUUCAGUCUCCUUAGGCUUUGUCGUGCCCUCUUCACGACUGUCUUGGUAUGUUUGGACCAUGAUAGUUUGUUGGUGAUGUGGACACCAAGGAACUUGAAGCUCUCAACCUGUUCCACUACAGCCCUGCUCCUUGGUUAGUUAAGCUACAAGACCAACCUUUUUUUUUUACCCCGAAACACGACUCUGCCAAGCCGCACUGCUUCUUGACACACUUCUCGCUUAACCCGGAAGCCAGCCACACUAAUGUGUCGGAGGAAACGCUGUACAACUGGCGACCGUGUCAGCGUGCAUGCGCCCAGCCCGCCACAGGAGUCACUAGAGCGCAAUGGGACAAGGACAUCCCGGCCGGCCAAACCCUCCACUAACCCGGACGAUGCUGGGCCAAUUGUGCGUCGCCUCAUGGGUCUCCCGGUCGCGGCCAGCUGCAACACAGACUGAGAUCUAACCCAGAUUUGUAGUGACGCCUCAAGCACUGCGAUGCAGUGCCUUAGACUGCUGCGCCACUCGGGAGGCCAAAGACCAACUUUAAAACAUUCAUGCUGUUCUUACUUCAAAUUCUCUUAAACCAAAUUCUCUAAAACUAUUUAAAUUGGCAUAAAAUAAUUCACCAACAGUAACUCUUUAACCUUUCAAGCUAGAGACACCAAACCAACUUUCUCAUGUUCAGGCUAUCCUAACUUCAAAUUGUUAACUUUUAUCAACUAUAACUAUAUAAAUUAGGAUAAGAUAACACAGUAACUCUUGAACCGUUCAAGCUAAAGACACCAAACCAACUUUUGCAUGUUCAGGCUAUUAUCCAAUCUAUCAGCCAAUCAAUCAACACAUUUUUACACCUAUAUACUUUUUCAAGUAUAACCAGUCCCUACCAUUACUACUGCAGUCACUAUACCACUACUAAAACCUAUUUCAAAACCAUAAAUACUUUUUAAAAAGCUAGCAAGCACACCACAUCUUCUUCAGGAAAUGUACUUUUCUAGUUUGUAUUGAAAUCAAUGAAACUGGGACAAUAACUGCAGAGACAUGUACCGUUUGAGCUCUUCUAACAGACAAACCUCAAAGAACUUGAGUAUAGUACAUAUACCAGUCGAUAAAUGAGAGCCUGUAGUAGUCAUUUAUUAACUCAUAUCUCUGUGAGAAAAUGUUUACGGCAGACAGCCAAUACAAAGAAGGUAACACAACACUUUUUUGACUGGAUCAUUUCAACUAAUCACCACCUCACAUCGGUUUCUAAAUAGCGACGGGUUGGCUUUCAUUUGAAUGAUAGCUUAAUCCCAAAAUCUGCGAAUUCAUGUGAGGCAAGAGACGUUUACAUUUACAUUUACGUCAUUUAGCAGACGCUCUUAUCCAGAGCGACUUACAAAUUGGUGCAUUCACCCUAUAGCUAGUGGGAUAACCACUUUACAAUUUUUAUUUAUUUUUAAUAGGGGGGGGGGGGGGGGGGGGGGGGGGGGGUAGAAGGAUUACUUUAUCCUAUCCCAGGUAUUCCUUAAAGAGGUGGGGUUUCAAAUGUCUCCGGAAGGUGGUGAGUGACUCCGCUAUCCUGGCGUCGUGAGGGAGCUUGUUCCACCAUUGGGGUGCCAGAGCAGCGAACAGUUUUGACUGGGCUGAGCGGGAACUAUGCUUCCGCAGAGGAAGGGGAGCCAGCAGGCCAGAGGUGGAUGAACGCAAUGCCCUCGUUUGGGUGUAGGGACUGAUCAGAGCCUGAAGGUACGGAGGUGCCGUUCCCCUCACAGCUCCAUAGGCAAGCACCAUGGUCUUGUAACAGAUGCGAGCUUCAACUGGAAGCCAGUGGAGUGUGCGGAGGAGCGGGGUGACGUGAGAGAACUUGGGAAGGUUGAACACCAGACGGGCUGCGGCAUUCUGGAUGAGUUGUAGGGGUUUAAUGUAGGAGGAGCGCCCAAAUUGUUUCUUGCCACCGUGGUCUGAAAAUCACAGCUUUUUUCUAAGUCCCACUAAGGACAGGCGCAUAUGACAAAAACACUGGUACUAAACCAAAUAUAUUUAUAUUUUUCAAGCAAUCAAAUUUGUAAGAUCGUGACCGAUAUAAACUUUUCUACUAACACCACCAAUCUGAGGUAAAAAGGAUGUGUAUUUCCUGUAAUUCUUGUGUGGUGAAAACGUUAGUUUGUGUAAUGUACUAAUACGUUCUGUCUACUGUAGGGAAUUUUGUGUAUAUAAAAUGUCAAAAUAAUUCAAUAUAAGAUGAUAGUAAACAAUGACAUCAAUUUCUUACUACUUUUACCAUGGAGAGAGUUUAAAAAUGCUCCUAACCACAAUUGAACCGGGCGCUCUAGACUAGAGCUUCUGUGUGGCAGGCUGAAUGUUUGACGUCUCUACGACUGUGUCUACUAUACCUUGUCCCUAUCAUUGGAUUCGUAAAUUCAAUAUCCAGGCUUAGCUUACUCAAUAUUUUGCAACAUGAAAAUGUUGCAGAUAAAUUGUAUAUUGUAGGCUACUUCACAAUGCAUUUUUUUGUUGUUGUAAGUGUUGUAACGUUGUGCCCAGACUAGUAAACAUACCUGCAUUAAUGUGUUGUUACCAUAAUGACAGGUCAUAGCAGAGUGGAUCAAAUCCUAUUUCCCUACAGCAGCAUCAGUGUGAAAGUACAAGUAUGAGUCAGGUAACUACAAUUACAUUAUACAAUAACAUUAAGCAGCUGUGUCAACCUGUGACCAAUGCUUUGGACUAAUAAAUAGCAUAUCAAUGUCUUCCUCCUAGGCAAGGACAAAGAGUUUGGAAGAGCAAAUCAGGGGCCUCUCACCAGUUGCAGCACAUGCCCUGGCAAGUAAGUUAACAUGAAACAUUUCACUGAGCUUUAUGCAAUGUGUUGUUAGUCUUUGUCAACUGUGUUCCUAAUUACAUCAUAUUUGUUUUUAGGUGCUGAAAUUACAGAUGACAUUGAAAUUCAAGAGUUAACAAGAGAAGAUCUGACCGAACUUCUGCCAGGUGUUCAGCAUUUUAAACUUAGAAAGAAGAUCAGUGAACUUCUAACCAAAUCUAAACAGGUUGGUAUAGCCCCAAAAGCUUCUAUAGCUACUGUACCACUAUUCUGGAAUCAUUCAUUAGUUAAUAGAAUGAUGAUGUUUGAUUCAAUGUGCAAUUCCAUUGGAUGUACUAAUCCCCCAUUUUCUGUAAUAUUUCUGUUUCUUAGGACACAGCUACACCUAUUGCUUUAGUUCUUAACGAGCUGAGGGAAUUCCUUCCGGUUGAUGUCAUGGAGAGUAAGUCACGUUUCAAAACAAUUCAGCAUAGCACUCACCCAAUACAGUUUUGGUGUAUCUUUGGUUUAAUACAGUUUUGGUGUAUCUUUUGUUGUUAUUGUAUGCACUGGUCACUUUCUCCUUACAGAUGCACUUGUUCCUGGGGGAGUGUUACAUGGCUACUUCCCUAUUCUUAGAGAUUUGGAGAAGCAGCUGGCCAUAGCCCUGAACUUCAUUCAGGAACACAUUAGAAUGCUCGAGAGCUACAUUGGAGAACAGUCCAUGGAGGCUCAGAGCAGUGCUGAGUCCCCAUUAGUUGACUCUGCUACAGCAGGAAACCAGCCUUCAAAUGUUGCAGGUAAAUGACAUAACUGCUGUGUUAGUUGCAGCAUAGUGGGUCUCAUCCAUCCCUCAUCCUUCAUUAAUCAAAAGACGGUAGAUGAUGGUAUACAAAUCAUAAACACUGUAGUAGAUUUCAUGGAUAGUAUAGUUUUGUUGAGAAGGUAAACAUUCACAAGGCCUAGGUUGGCUUCAACUAGUGGGACUUUAAUGGCGCGCGAACACAGUCUUGUCUUAGCCUGAAAGAACCCCAUUCUUCAAUACUUUUUUAGUCCAGAAAACAUGGCACCUCAGGACCACCAGGUAACUCAACCUUUAACAGGGCACAUUAUUAUAAAAAUGUAAGAAUUCUAUAGAUGUUAUUAAACUCGUUUACAGCUGGCCAAGCUAACCACAAUGACUUGCACAGACUCACAAGAAUGUGCUGCAAUACUGUUGGAAUUUAAUUCCUAGUAUUUUAUGUGGUCCUCAGCCUUAUGUGCUGCUGACACCCAGCCCAAACGAGUGUCACUUACAGUGGCUUGCGAAAGUAUUCACCCCCCUUGGCAUUUUUCCUAUUUUGUUGUCUUACAACCUGGAAUGAAAAUGUAUUUUUGGGGGGUUUGUAUCAUUUGAUUUACACAAAAUGCCUACCACUUUGAAGAUGCAAAAUAUUUUUUCUUGUGAAACAAACAAGAAAUAAGACAAAAAAACAGAACUUGAGCGUGCAUAACUAUUCACUCCCCCAAAAUCAAUACUUUGUAGAGCCACCUUUUGCACGAAUUACAGCUUGAAGUCUCUUGGGGUAUGUCUCUAUAAGCUUGGCACAUCUAGCCACUGGGAUUUUUGCCCAUUCUUCAAGGCAAAGCUGCUCCAGCUCCUUCAAGUUGAAUGGGUUCCGCUGGUGUACAGCAAUCUUUAAGUCAUACCACAGAUUUUCAAUUGGAUUGAGGUCUGGGCUUUGACUAGGCCAUUCCAAGACAUUUAAAUGUUUCCCCUUAAACCACUCAAGUGUUGCUUUAGCAGUAUGCUUAGGGUCAUUGUCCUGCUGGAAGGUGAACCUCCGUCCCAGUCUCAAAUCUCUGGAAGACUGAAACAGGUUUCCCUCAAGAAUUUCCCUGUAUUUAGCGCCAUCCAUCAUUCCUUCAAUUCUGACCAGUUUCCCAGUCCCUGCCGAUGAAAAACAUCCCCACAGCAUGAUGCUGCCACCACCAUGCUUCACUGUGGGGAUGGUGUUCUCAGGGUGAUGAGAGGUGUUAGGUUUGUGCCAGACAUAGCGUUUUCCUUGAUGGCCAUAAAGCUCAAUUUGAGUCUCAUCUUACCAGAGUACCUUCUUCCAUAUGUUUGAGGAGUUUCCCACAUGCCUUUUGGUGAACACCAAACGUGUUUGCUUAUUUUUUUCUUUAAGCAAUGGCUUUUUUCUGGCCACUCUUCCGUAAAGCCCUGCUCUGUGGAGUGUACGGCUUAAAGAGGUCCUAUGGACAGAUACUAAAAUCUCCGCUGUGGAGCUUUGCAGCUCCUUCAGGGUUGUCUUUGGUCUCUUUGUUGCCUCUCUGAUUAAUGCCCUCCUUGCCUGGUCCAUGAGUUUAGGUGGGCGGCCCUCUCUUGGCAGGUUUGUUGUGGUGCCAUAUUCUUUCAAUUUCUUAAUAAUGGAUUUAAUGGUGCUCCGUGGGAUGUUCAAAGUUUCUGAUAUUUUUUUAUAACCCAACUCUGAUCUGUACUUCUCCACAACUUUGUCCCUGACCUGUUUGGAGAGCUCCUUGGUCUUCAUGGUGCCGCUUGCUUGGUGGUGCCCCUUGCUUAGUGGUGUUGCAGACUCUGGGGCCUUUCAGAACAAGUGUAUAUAUACUGAGAUCAUGUGACAGAUCAUGUGACACUUAGAUUGCACACAGGUGGACUAUAUUUAACUAAUUAUGUGACUUCUGAAGGUAAUUGGUUGCACCAGAUCUUAUUUAGGGGCUUCAUAGCAAAGGAGGUGAAUACACAUGCACACACCACUUUUCCGUUGUUUAUUUUGUAGAAUUUUUUUAAACCAGUUAUUUUUUUCAUUUCGCUUCACCAAUUUGGACUAUUUUGUGUAGGACCAUUACAUGAAAUCCAAAUAAAAAUCCAUUUAAAUUACAGGUUGUAAUGCAACAAAAUAGGAAAAACGCCAAGGGGGGUGAAUACUUUUGCAAGGCACUGUACCUCGUGGGCAGAACAGACAAACCUUCAAGGAAGCUCUGGAUGAGACCUCAAUAUCAUACUCUCAUACUUCACAUCCUUCAGGAGCAGCUGGUAACCUAUGUAAUAUUUCAAACACUUCAUUUCAAAUCAAAUGUUAUUUGUCACAUGCACAGAAUACAGAAAUGCUUACUUACAAGCCCUUAUCCAACAAUGCAGUUAAGAAAAAUAAGAGUUAAGAAAAUAUUUACUAAAAAUUGACUUGCAAAGAAAAAGUCCAGUGUCUGUGUUCUUUUGCCCAUCUUAAUAUUUUCUUUUUAUUGGCCAGUCUGAGAUAUGGCUUUUUCUUUGCAACUCUGCCUAGGUCAGCAUCCGGGAGUCGCCUCUUCACUGUUGACGUUGAGACUGGUGUUUUGCGGGUACUAUUUAAUGAAGCUGCCAGUUGAGGACCUGUGAGGCGCCUUUUUCUCAAACUAGACACUCUAAUGUAUUUGUCCUCUUGCUCAGUUGUGCACCGGGGCCUCCCAUUCCUCUUUCAAUUCUGGUUAGAGCCAGUUUGCGCUGUUCUGUGAAGGGAGUAGUACACAGCGCUGUACGAGAUCUUCAGUUUCUUGGCAAUUUCUCGCAUGGAAUAGCCUUCAUUUCUCAGAACAAGAAUAGACUUUCAAAAGAAAGUUAUUUGUUUCUGGCCAUGUUGAGCCUGUAAUCGAACCCACAAUUGCUGAUGCUCCAGAUACUCAACUAGUCUCAAGAAGGCCAGUUUUAUUGCUUCUUUAAUCAGUACAACCGUUUUCAGCUGUGCUAACAUAAUUGCAAAAGGGUUUUCUAAUAAUCAAUUAGCCUUUUAAAAUGAUAAACUUGGAUUAGCAAACACAACAUGCCAUUAAAACAUAGGACUGAUGGUUGCUGAUAAUGGGCCUCUGUACGCCUAUGUAGCCCUAUUUGGUAAAAUACCAAGUCCAUAUUAUGGCAAGAACAGCUCAAAUAAGCAAAGAGAAACGACAGUCCAUCAUUACUUUAAAACAUGAAGGCCAGUCAAUACUGAACAUUUCAAGAACUUUGAAAGUUUCUUCAAGUGCAGUCGCAAAAACCAUCAAGCGCUAUGAUGAAACUGUCUCUCAUAAACAGUGAGUAGCAGCAGCGUAUAAAAAGGGGGGUGGGGGUAUCAAUGCAAAUAGUCCAGGUAGCCAUUUGAUUAGCUGUUCAGCAGUCUUAUGGCUUGGGGGUAGAAGCUGAUAAAAAGCCUUUUGGACCUAGACUUGGCACUCCGGUACCGCUUGCCGUGUGGUACCAGAGAGAACAGUGAAUGACUAGGGUGGCUGGAGUCUUUGGCAAUUUUUAGGGCCUUCCUCUGACACCGCUUGGUAUAGAGGUCCUGGGUGGCAGGAAGCUUGGCCCCAGUGAUGUGCUGGACCGUACGCACUACCCUCUGUAGCGCCUUGCGGUCAGAGGCCGAGCAGUUGCCAUACCAGGCGGUGAUGCAACCAGUCAGGAUGCUCUCGAUGGUGCAGCUGUAUAACUUUUUGAGUAUCUGAGGACCCAUGCCAAAUCUUUUCAGUCUCCUGAGGGGGAAUAGGUGUUUUUGUGCCCUCUUCACAACUGUCUUGGUGUGUUUGGACCAUGAUAGUUUGUUGGUGAUAUUGACACCAAGGAACUUGAAGCUCUCAACCUGCUCCACUACAGCCCUGUCGAUGAGAAUGGGGGCAUGCUCGGCCCUCUUUUUCCUGUAGUCCACGAUCAUCUCCUUUGGCUGUUGGCUGUGUACCUGGUAUUAAAAUACUUUGCAAAAGUGUUUGAUUAGAAUGUACAGGUAUGCUAUGUGGUUCUCAUCCUUAGGCUCUGACACCCAGUUACAAAGAGGAAUAAGAGGUGCUCCUCAAAGUUCCACUGGUAGUGGGCCAACCAAGCCACGAGGCAUACUAGAGAAAUCACACUCUGCAAACCCUCCAGGUUUGAAACAGCCUUUUGCAACAUCCUACACAGGUCAAUAUCAAAACCUAAAAACUGUUCAGUCGUAAGCUCCUUUAAUGAUAUUUGGAAUUGGACACAAUUAUUGUGUUGAGAAAGUGUGUGAUUUAAAUUCAUACUUUCAGAUAUGAAGUCCUCAUCUGUAGAUUGUAGCUUCCAGCCCAAACAAAAAGAGGAAGGUUGGCUGAAGAGAAUUGGUUUGCAAAAUGAGAAACAACUAGGUGAGACUCUUAAUGAAUAUGAUACUCAUCUUACCUCAUAAUAAAAAAAAAGAUGUUUAAUUAUUAUUAUUGUUAUUAUAUUAUCUUGGGAUUGUACAAAGUGUAAAGUAAUUUUUUGUCUUGAACAGUUAAAGUCCAUUCACGAGUCUGUGGAAAAACCCUGAACUAUCACCUUGCACUCAUGAAACAAGUGGAUGAUCUGGGAGUAGGACUUCAGCGAGAGGAGACCAGUGCAGAGGACUGCCAAGUCCUAAUACUCUUCUGUCCUGUUACAUCUCGUGUGGGAACAGACAUUGAUGCUGCCAUGAGCCAAGUUCCAAGUAGGAAAGCCCUUUCAGAUUACACAAUGAAAGUAACUCAACAGGAUGUAUUGGUCCAUGUUGUAGAAUUACUUUUUAUGUCUCUAAUUAAAAAUAUAUUUUUAAGUGGAAGUACUUUUCUAAAGCUUUGAUUUUGUCUCUCAACAGGUAACAGAUAUGCCAUUCUAGUGGUGAUGCACCAUACUUUUGAUCCCAACUUUGUCACAAGCCAGAGAUCUGCAUCUAACUACAGAAACGUAGUGGGAAGUUCAUGUUCUCUUUCAUGACUCUGUGGGACUUCUGCAUUGUCAAACAAAUGCUAAAGCAGUGACUCUCAUACAUAAGGCCUUACAGAAAUACAACAGCAUUACUUACACACGUUAAGUGCCCCAUGGUGGCAACACAAAGUAGUCUGAAGUCUAACGCGCAAACAUGAUUUAAAAACCUCAAAUUCUAUAACGUCCAUUCAAGGCAUUGGUCAUUCAUUCUAGUUCAAAAUAAAGCAAAUCACAAUCUGUGUAGUGAACCAAAUUAAUGAUUAUGUUGAUACUCAAUCGGGUCUAAAUUAGAUGUCUCACUGUAGAACAGCUGCUAUGAAUGAAUCUUUUUGAAGUGGCUGCCCUCCAAGCAUGUCCUCAAACACUAUGUGGGAUGCCUCAUAUUUGUGAAUU